AUUAGCAUGGCUAAAUUAAAGUUUUCAUUUUUAUUGAUAGCCUGUCAAAUUAUAUUUGUGACUAUUUUUGGACUUUUGGCUGAGUAUGAAGAACCAGCACAAGCAAAGUCAAGAAGUGGAAAAACUCCUGUCACAACAAUGUACCCAAUGUUCCAGGAUGUGCAUGUAAUGAUAUUUAUUGGUUUUGGGUUUUUGAUGACGUUCCUAAAGCGGUAUGGCUAUUCAGCAAUCGGGAUCAACUUACUCCUAGCGUCAUUUGUUAUCCAGUGGGCCCUUAUUGUUAGAGGCUUUAUUCAUGGCAACGUCUUGCAAGGCGGAAAAUUCAGCAUAGGUCUAAGUGAUAUGCUGACGGCUGAUUUUGCAGCAGCCACGGUCCUUAUAUCUUUUGGGGCUGUUCUUGGUAAAACGAGUGCUUUACAACUACUUAUAAUGGCUGUGAUAGAAGUUGUAUUGUCACAACUCAAUGAACAUAUUGGCCUUCAACUCUUAAAUGUAGUUGAUGUUGGAGAAUCCAUUUUUAUUCACACGUUUGGUGCUUAUUUUGGGCUAGCGGUAGCAAGAGUUUUAUACAGCGACAAUCUGGAUGAACAUUCAAAUGAAGGGACAGUUUACCAUUCUGACCUAUUUUCCAUGAUAGGAACUAUAUUUCUGUGGAUGUAUUGGCCAAGUUUUAAUGGAGGAGCUGCUUCCGGAGGAGAACAGUACCGGGCUGUAAUAAAUACUUACCUCUCGUUGGUUGCCUGUACUAUUAUAACUUUUGCAAUAUCGUCAAUAGUUGAUAAAAAUGGGAAAUUAGAAAUGGUGCACAUACAGAAUGCAACACUUGCUGGAGGGGUUGCUGUUGGAGCUACAGCUGAUAUGCCUUUGAAUCCUUGGGGAGCCCUAGUGAUCGGUUGUUUGGCAGGACUCAUAUCGACCAUCGGGUUUAGAUUUGUAACACCUUGUUUGUCAUCUAAAGUCAGGCUUCAUGACACGUGUGGUGUACAUAAUCUGCAUGGUAUGCCAGGGGUUCUUGCAGGCAUUACUAGUGCAAUAUUAGCAGCUCUGUCUUCAUAUGAAAAAUGGGGCGACAGUGUAUUUAUAAUUUUCCACGGUCGAGCACCUGCAUUCGACAGUAUCGAGUACAAACAUUACCAUAACACAAAUUCGACAUGGGAACCAGGGCUAGGCAGGAGUGGUGUGGAACAAGGAGGAUACCAGAUGGUUGCCUUGAUAAUCACUUUAGCUAUUGCCUUGGUAGGCGGGACAAUCACAGGUUUUAUUUUGAAACUUCCGGUUUGCGAUCGACCUGAUGCGGAUUCGUUGUUUGACGAUCGAGUAUAUUGGCACGUAUCUACAGAAGGUUACCCAUCAGGCGUUAUUACAAAUGGCGAGAGGAAUUAUAUAAAUAGCAGUGAUGAUCCAAGAACACCUUUAAUAUAAUGAGAUCUAAAAGGAAACAGAAAGUUAGCAUAGUACAGUAAAGCCGGUUUCAUUGUGAAGCUUACCACAGAAGAUAUUGAGACGUACUGCC